AUGGAAGGCAACGUUGAUAUUGCAGCUGGCCCAGACCUACACAUGGACAACAAGAAUUGGAACAUCGAGGAUCUCCUGGCGUUUGCCGAGAAUUUUGAGGAUGCACCGCGAGUUGAUAUAUCAACUAUGCAAGACUCGGAAAUCGAAAAGCUUGUACAAGAUCACGAGGAACGCGGUAUCCCAGUCGUUCUCGAGGGUUGGCAUCUGCGUGAUGGAUGGCAGCAGGCUCUGUUUACCCCUGAAUGGCUAAAGAAGCCAGAAAACGUCUCCCAAAGGAUCACUGUGCGAGACAUGGAGGACAAGGAGGAUCGAGAGAUGACGAUGAAAAGCUAUUUCGAAUACGUGGCUACUGUUAAAGGCGUCUACGUACCAGACGAUUGCGAAGGACCGCCGCGGUUGUACGCUAAGGACGGAGAUUGUCCCAAACGGUGGGAAGAGUGGUUACGAGCCAAUUUGUCGGCAGGCUUACUCCCAUAUGACGAGGGUGAUUUCACCUCUUGUCUACCGCCCGAGUUACGAGCCCAAACAUUGAUGACAUAUCUUGGACCUGGUGACACAUGGACGCCCGCCCACAAGGACCUUUGCGGGAGCGUCGGCCAAAAUUUAAUGGUUUGUGCCCAGGGGGGUGCAUCGUAUUGGUUCAUGGCUUCUACCAAAGACCGACGUGAUGCAAGCGCGUAUUGGCGGAAAUUGGGCCAUGAACUCGACCAUGAAUUACAUGCCGCAUCUCUACAGGAACUCGUGAAUGCUCCCUUCCCGAUAUACGUCGUCAAGCAGCGACUUGGAGAUCUCGUCAUCGUGCCCCCGUCCAGUUGUCAUCAAGUCCAUAAUGCUGGUGGUCUUACAGUAAAAAUCGCUUGGUCACGAAUGUCCAUCAAGAGCCUCGAAUUAUCACUGCGAGAAGAGUUAUAUAUCUACCAAAGGGUGUGUCGGAAGGAAACCUAUCGUGUGAGAACGAUGAUAGAUAGCGUCCUCAACGCCUUGGUCAAGAGUUGCAAGGAUUCCGGAGCGCAAGUGGAACGUCUUAUCGCCCUCGAGAGGCUAUUGCCACUUUAUCAACAAAUGCUCACUCAGUCAUACACCGUCACGCACAAGUCAUUACCCCGCCGAAGUUUGAGCGACGAGUAUUGUGGUGCAUGCGGCGGAGACCUCUGGCAAAGUGCAUUCACAUGUGAAUGCCGUGACGGCACUGACAAGAAAGAGCCGCUCGUAUGCCCACCGUGCUACCUUGACGGUCGGGCCUGCGGUUGUCGGCUCAUGCAACCAGUCAUGGACAAGGCCUGGCCAACGUUGGUAGCACUCCAUGACGAAGUCGUCCACAUUCUUACCUCUGCGGAAACCGGCGAAAUAAGGAAACACCGCUCUAUUUCAAUCACUUGGAGCUCUGAUAAAUACGUACCGUACUUUCGACUUGCAUGUUUCCUUCACGCAUCGAGGAGAGCCCUGAGUCCAAGUGGCUUCGACCGUACAAGAAAAUGCGGACUUCAGGACUCUGGGACCUCGGGUAAAAGAGAAUCGCACGGCCUGUUAAUGGAUGAGGGCAUCACAUGCGAACCCUGUCAUCGAAACCAAUGCUUUCGACACAUAUUGGGGAAGUUUGGCAGGCAUUGCGCAAGUGUUUUCGAAUACGUGGAAGACUAUCAAGAGAUUCAAGGCUCCAAGGUCGUGAAACUCGCGAAUAGCAUGAUGAAGUCCAAUAAAUGGCAUGAGAUUCACCAGGAGUUGAACAAAAAGCGACACAUUUCCGAUCACGACGUUUCUUUCGAAGAUGAUUGGCGGGAUUGGCUCCCGUCGCUAGCCUCUCUUUACCAACCACAAGCCAGUCUGACACCAGGUAUCAUCUUCUUGGGCUGGUAUGACGACGAUCUGCAUAUGCGCGAGCCAUCACCAGAGAUCGUUCCGGGGUCGUCUAGCAAGGGUCCAAUUGAGGCCAGAGUCAUCAAAAGAGAAGAACAAGAAUACAGUCAAUCGUCGACCAUGAUCCGCAAACGCAAGGCGUCCUCGGAGAUCGGGAGGUCUCAUGCAAAGUUCAGGAAGAAGGAGGACAUUAGCUCUGGUUCUGAAGAACUAUUGAUGCCGCCUUCGAUGCCGUCGCUUCCGUCUACUAGUCAAACGACGAUGGUUCGGCCUCGCAGGGUGCGAGCCUCGCCUGCUCUUACAUACGAAUCAACAUCGGAACAACACAGUGUAGCUUUGAGAACGCGAGGUCGUGCGCGGGUUCCGGAGACACCCUCGGUGCUCAUGGAUGAGACGACAGACAUGGAAAGCCAUGUCCAACCACCUGUACAGGCGUCUCCUUUACCAUUUAGAAGUUCCUUCAUAUCAAUACCACGAGGUAUACCGCGUUCAAAUGUCGCUACUCGACCCUCCCUCGAGGAGCAAUUGCAAGACCUCGAGUCGCAGCGAAAACAAGACCGGCAAACGAUCAAGAGACAGCAGCAACAGAUUGACGCCCAACAAAGGCAAAUAGAGGAGCAGAAUAAUAAGAUAGAGGGGCAGCAACGGCGGAUCGAGCGACUAAGCAAGACAGUUGAUCGCGUUUGGAAAGAGGGCAACGACAAAUCCUUUGCGACGAUUGAAGAGUUGCGUACGGUUGUCAAAAAGGUUGACGAACUUGACCACCAUUUGAGGGAUAUAGUCCGUAUGACAGAGCUGGACCUACAGAACGUCAACCAGAGGGUAGAUAGCCUCUCAUCCUCUGGUACCAUUCAAGUCCAACCACCACCACCUCCGUCUUCGUAUAUCUCGUCCGGCGUCUCGGAAGUUACGCGCGAAGCUGGCUCGUCGGCACAUUGGUUCAAUGAUCGCCGCUAA